AUGGCGCAGAGCUAUCGGGCCCUGGUGGCCACGCUCACCGCCCAUAUUCGGGAGGAGGUGCUCGCGGGGGCUGGGGCAGCCCUGCUGCAGGUCUGGGCCUGCCGCGACCUGGAGGAGGGCAUCGUGUUGUCCACACAGGGCCUGCCCUACUUCCUGCUCGGCGACGGCGACGAGCUCGCCCUGUUCCGGUACAUGAGCACCAAGCACUGCUUCCCUCUGGGGGAGGCAUUGGGCCAGGGCACCCCAGCCUCCGUCUUCCACAAUCGGCAGGGCUGCGCUAUCGUUGACCUGGCGGCCCUGGACGCCGCCGACUGCCCGCGCGCCGACUGUGCCGGGGCCUGCGCUGCGCACAGUGUCCUGCUCCUGCCCCUGCUGGACCGCAUGAUGGGCAUGAAGGGCGAGCCGCUGGCAGUGCUAGAGGGGCCCCUGCCCCGCGGCGACGACUGCGACGCCGACCUGUGGGCCGCGGCGGCCUCGGCCCUGGGCAUCACCCCGCCGCGCCUGAUGUCGGGCCGCAGGACCGCCAUGUUCGUCCCUGGGGGCUGGAACGACGGCGUCGGUGCCGGGCUGGACGGGCUGGGCCUGGAGCUCCUGGGAGCACACAGCCCGCUCCGCGCGGGCGGCCUCUGA